UACUUCGUCCUUCUUUUUAUUUUUUAUUUUUUAUUAACACGGUAAACCUAAAUUAACACAUGAUAAUACGUUCAUUAUCAACUUUUCCCUUCAUUAUUGACCCUGCGUAUGACAUGAAUUUACUUUCAACAAAAAAAGGUCAAGUUUUUGGUACUUAGUCAUAGAUUGACAAUAACCCCACAAAAUCCCUUUUACCCUGAAACAGUGUCAGAUUAGAUUAUACAAUAAAGUUUUGACUUAUUUUAUUAUAUUAAUGUAACAGUUUUUUGCUACCAUACCAAAGUAGACUAAUUUAUUGUAGUAUAGGUCUAAACCACAUGGAUUCACUGUAUUUAUAAUGUGUAGAUAUGAGAUUUUGACAUGUCUUUCUUUCAAUGUUUCAGUUUUGUUCAAAAUUUAAAUGGAGUCUUUGCAAAUGGACAAUUAGAUUGGUCGGUCAUAUGGAUUAAUUGAUCUUUAAAUCAGAUACAUUUUUAUUUAUAUUUUAUAUUUUAAUUUAUUUUGGUAGGCAUAGGUCUCUGAACAGUGUCUUGGGUUAGGGAGAGACCAGAAAAGAAAAGGACUUUGUGGUUGCGUCUUUAUUACCAUAGCGUAAAAGGGUCUCUUUCUCUUUCUCUCACUUUGUUUUAGCUGCUAUUACUGUUUUUGUUUCAAAACCUCUGAGCUUUGAUGGGUUCAUGCUGUUACAUCCUCGGUAAUCUGGAGGAAUUCAUGGCUCUGUCACACCUUUUCUGUACCUUUUCUUGGGCCAUGUAUCAUCUAUAUCCCUUUCUCCUUACUGCUAGUUAUUUCAUCAGACCUUUCAAGCUUGUUGCAGUUCUGUUUUCUUCAAGGAAAGAAAAAAAAACUAAGGGCUGAAUAUAUUAAGUUGUGAAUGGCAUCAACAUCUUGUUUUAGUAAGAGUCCAUUACCCAUGAAAGAGACAGCUUUGAGCCAUGGUGAAUAUCCUCCACCUAUGGCAACUUAUGAGGAGGUUGUAGACAAUCCCAAGCUCUUCAUACUUUGCUUGGAGAAGCUCCACACUCUAAUGGGCACCAAGUUCAUGAUUCCUGUUAUUGGGGGAAGGGAAUUGGAUUUACAUCGCCUCUUUGUUGAAGUGACUUCUCGUGGUGGGUUUGAAAAAAUCAUUAAAGAUAGAAAAUGGAAAGAAGUAACUUUAGUUUUCAAUUUUCCAUCAACGGCUACAAAUGCUUCUUUUGUGCUGCGGAAGUACUAUACUUCAUUACUCUACCAUUAUGAACAAAUCUAUUAUUUUAAAGCUCGUGACUGGACCAACACAACUUCCGAUGUUUUGCAGAGUCAAUCAUCCAUCCCAGCUCCUGCUCCAAAGAUGCAGUUUUCGCAUCCUUCACCCCAAGUUCAACCAGCUGUCUUUCAACAGUUAAAAGUUAAUUCUGCACCGCCCGAAGCAAUGGGAUCAUCUUCGGCAGGAUCUCAGGUUGUCGGGGUCAUUGAUGGGAAAUUUGAUAGUGGCUAUCUAGUUACUGUCACAAUUGGUUCGGAGAAACUCAAAGGCGUACUUUAUCAAGCUCCACAAAAUCCUGUGCUGCCAGCAUCCCACCAUAGUGUUCCUGCUAAUAACAACAACGUGACCGCCUCUGUCGGUGUCCAUCGUCGCCGACGCAGGAAGAAAUCAGAGAUGAAAAAGAGAGAUCCUGCUCACCCAAAACCAAACAGAAGUGGAUACAAUUUCUUCUUUGCAGAACAACAUCCAAGGCUAAAACCUCUUCACCGAGGGAAGGACCGAGAAAUUAGUAGGACCAUUGGUGAACUCUGGAACAAGUUACCUGAAUCAGAAAAAGCAGUUUAUCAAGAUAAAGCCGUGAAGGACAAAGAGAGGUACAUAACAGAAAUGGAGUAUUACCGUGAGAAGCUGAAGAAUGAUGAAGUCAUCAGUGAUGCUGUGCCACUUCGACAGCGACUUCCUGAACCAGAUACUGACAUGUUGAAUGCUGAGGCAGACUCUCUUCAAACUCCGGAGCAGAGUAGUUUGGACGGAAGUGAUGACUAUGAAGAUGAUAAGGCGAAGGAGAAAGACUUUAGUGUGGAUUCAUUGCCUGUUAUAGGACUUGGUGCUGAAUCUAUGGAUUCAGUAGAGAGAUCGUCCAAGUUGGGUUUAUGAGCAUCUUCAGGAGAGAUAGAGAAAGAAGAAAUGUUAGCUAGGGAAUGGAAUAGGAUUAGAUUUUUCUAUGAAUAUUUUUGAAGUUUUAUUGCAGUUGAAACUUUGAGGUAGGAUUGAGUUGCAGUGGUUACUUACUUAAGCACAAUUACAGUGAUCAACUGGGUUUUGGCAUUUUAGUAUUCAGUUUAAGGUGUUUGUUUUGGCUUAAUUACAACUAUCUAGGCCUUCAGGAGCAAUUUGGAUUUCCUGUAUUUGCAUCAGGAUGCUGAAACAGAUUUCCACCCUCCGAUCUCUAAAUGGUCAAGAUAUUUUAUAAUUAAGUUAACUGAUGUAUGAUCUGAAUUGUCAAAACUCAAAUCAACGGCUGAAAUUGCAUACUGCUUGAACGUGCUAUUGUAGACAAUCCAAGUCCUAGAAGGCUCUUGUCAAGGAAGACCGUAAUUUGAUCAAAGCUUAUAACGUUGCUAA